GAUUCAUAUCGGAGAUAACUCAUCUUGUUUACUGUAACGACUGUUUACGAAGUCAAGAAAAUUAUUUAUAAAGUAUUCUCGAAAAGUAUCGUUUACGUUGUUCAACUAUAACUUAAAUUCAGCUCUGCAUAUAUACAGCUUACAGAGUUCUCUCUCUUUAGUAAGACAAGAUGGCUGCCAACAUAGCUGGCAUUGUUGUCCUUGCGGUUUUCUACUUGCUCAUCUUUCUGGUUGGCAUGGUGGCAGCAAGAAAGGUCAAGGUGAAAGGUCAGCGUGAAGGUCACAUUGACGCCUCUUUCGUGGCAGGGCGAGAUCUCAACACAGUUGUUGGCAUCUUCACAAUGAUAGCUACGACAGUGGGAGGCGGGUACAUUAACGGAACAGCCGAGUCGAUCGUGUCACAGGGUCUCGUGUGGACGCUGGCUCCGCUAGGAAUAUUCUUCGGCCUCUCUAUAGGUGGGCUGGUCUAUGCUAGACGGAUGCGAGAUGAACAGUAUGUCACUCUGUUGGAUCCUAUACAGGAGCAGUAUGGGAGUUUUGCUGUAGGACUCGUCUACAUGGCCUCGUUGUGUGGAGAUAUCUUCUGGACAGCUUCCAUACUCUCCGCAUUGGGGACCAGUCUCAGCGUGGUGAUCAACGUUGACCUCACCAUAGCGAUCUGGGCAUCGUCGGCAGUAACCGUCAUCUACACCACGAUUGGUCAGAUCGUGGCUGUGGCAUAUACAGAUGUUGCGCAGCUGGUGUUAAUAACAUUUGGAUUGACUCUGAGUGUCCCGUUCGUUCUGACCAAUGAGAGAGUGGGAAACAUUGGUGCCAACUCAACGGUUUGGAUCGGAAGUAUCGAUAAGGAGUUUGCCGGACUGUGGGCUGAUUUACUUAUUGCAAUGACGUUUGGCACGAUCCCAUGGCAGGCAUAUUUCCAGCGCGUUCUGUCGGUGAAGAGCGGGAAGCAGGCGCAGAUUCUGUCCAUCGUGGGCGCGUGUGGGGCCGUUGUUCUCGUCAUUCCGUCCAUUCUCAUAGGAGCCGCCGCGGUCAGCGCUGAUUGGUCGGGUACGAAACUGGAAGCGUCGUCCAUGGACUCAAGAACCAGCAGUAUGAUUCUGCCUCUUGUCCUCCACGAGUUCACUCCCACGGCUGUCGCUAUUUUAGGCUUGGGUGCGCUGUCGGCCGCGGUGAUGUCAUCGAUGGACAGCAGCAUCCUCGGUUCCAGCACGAUGUUCACUCACAACAUCUACAACAACGUCAUCAGAAAACAGGCGUCGAACUGGGAACUGCUUCUAGUACAGCGGUUCACCAUUGUGGUACUCGGACUGCUGUCAACAGUUAUCUCCCUUCAUGUGCCAAUCAUCUACGGUCUGUUCAUCCUCGCGGCCGACAUCGUCUUCGUCAUCGUUCUACCACAGCUCACGUGCAGCCUCUUUCUCAAACGGACUAACGGGUACGGGUCUGUCGCGGGUUUCCUUGUUGGGACUCUUCUCAGACUCGGUGCAGGUGAGUUCUCGUUUUCCUUCGAGCCGUUCAUUUUCUACCCGUUCUACGACGACAAGUUGGGACAGCUGUUUCCAUUCCGGACGUUUUCGAUGUUGUGUUCGUGCCUGACGAUCAUGUUCGUGUCAGAGUUGGCAAGGUAUCUGUUCGAGGGCAAAGUGAUUCCGUCAGGUUGUGAUGUUUUACAAGCCUUCAAACGGGCGGAGAGGUAUUUCGUACGAACUGUGUCAGUCACCGAGGAGUCAAAGAUGCAUAUUGAAGAGAGUGAGAUGAAAAGCUACACAAAUGUGUCGUAAAUGUGAAAUUGUUUGUAAUCUGUCCACGUGUGAUAUUAACAGAUAUUAUGAAACUUGUGAGAGUGCUAGUCUAAAUAUAUUCAUUGUAUGUAUGCAGGCCCGUGGCGGUGUGCAGAAAUUUAUUCAAGGAGGGGUAUAGGUUAUAUUGAGAAAAGUUUCCAGGCGGGGUCGUCAUACUACUCCAGAAAAUAUUGUUACAAAAGAGAAAAUAAGUUUGAGAAUUUUUUGGGGUGGGGGGCGUAAUGAACAGAGAACAACAUUUCCAUUUCAAUAGUUUUUUAUUGUUCAUAAGUGUAAAAACAUUAUUAAAUUUAUUAAAUUUGACACAUAUAACGUAUAAAAAAUUUACCUAGUAUAGAUAUGUUAUAUUUUUUGUGUACGAAGCAAAAAUGGUGGUGCGGAAAGUGUGUGUCGUCAACAUUAAUUGAUUUUAUUGUUGAAUUGUAUACUGUACCUUCCAAAUAUGAUUUUAUUGUUGAAUUGUAUACUGUACCUUCCAAAUAUGAUUUCAUUUGGAAACAAUUAUAUCAUUCCAGUAUGAUAGAUUGUUGAGAGAAAAAACGUGACACUGCCAUUUUAACACUGGCAGACCUGAACACUAUAUGUAAGUUUGGUUAAUCUACAAAACUAUAACAUAUCCUGGCUGAUUUGUUAUUUACUUAGUGCUAAUAUUAUAUGUGUAAUACUGUGUGAUUUUAUUUGGUGUUUUCAAAGCUGAAGUGCUGCUGUAUAUUUACCAUGUUCCCUUAAAUAUUUAUAUAACUUUUGUGUGUAUUUUAUGUUGAGUUGUGAUAUUAUCUAAUUGCUUGCUGAUGGCUGAAAGUUUACACAGCCAUGGAGAAGCCAACAUGUGAAGAGUUCACACACAAAAACCGAUAACCACUGUUUUAUUAAAAAACCGAUAACUGCUGUUUUAUCCCAAAACCAAUAAAUGCUGUUUUAUCCCCAAAACCAAUAAACGCCAUUUUAUCCAAAAACUGAUAAAUGCUGUUUUAUUAAAAAAACGAUAAACGCAGUUCUAUCCAAAAAACAAUAAACGCAGUUUUAUCCAAAAAUCGAUAAACGCUGUUUUAUUCAAAAAACGAUAAACGCAGUUUUAUCCAAAAAUUGAUAAAUGCUGUUUUAUCCAAAAAACGAUAAACGCCGUUUUAUCCAAAAAAACGAUAAACACUGUUUUAAGAAAAAAAUGAUAAAUGCCGUUUUAUCCCAAAAUCAACUUCUAUGAAUACUGUUAUUACUCAGUUCAAGGUGUUAUAUUCUGAUUUUCUCACUCGUUUUUUUUUAAUUCUGUCCUUUCUUUACUUUACUUAUUUCAACUUAAGAUUGCCCAUUGUGGACGUGAUAUGUUUUACAUAGAAAGGCAUAACAAUAAAAAUUCUUUUGCAGACAAUUACUAACAUGGAUGUUUCGGUUUUUGCAUCUGAACUCUUCAUAUAUACAUGUAUGCCUCUUAUAGUUACAGACCCUAGUUUUAACCCAUGAAAUUUGUUUUUUGUUUUGUUUAAUGACACCACUAGAGUACAUUGAUUUAUUAAUCAUCAACUAUUGGAUGUCUACCAUAUCGUAAUUUAGACAUGUAGUCAUAGAGAGGAAAUCCACUAAUUUUAUCAUUUGUAGCAAGGGAUCUUUUAUAUGUACCAUCCCACAGACAGGAUAGCACAUACCACAGCCUUUGAUAUAAUAGUCGUGUUGCAUUGGUUGCGAUGAUAAAUAGCCCGAUGGCUAGACAGACCGUGCAUCAAGGGAGCAUUUUACCACUGGGCUACCCCAUGAAAAUGGGCACAAAUCUGGUUAACAAUAAUCUUUAAAUGUUUAACACAUCUGGAUAAAGUUAGAGCAGAGUGAAAUAAGUAAAGUAAACUUUGUUUUAUUUAAUGACGCCACUAGAGCACAUUGAUUUUUUAUCUUAUCGGCUAUUGGACGUCAAAUAUAUGGUCAUUCUGAUACU